AUGUUCUACUACGCAGUUUUUACUACAUUUAAUAUUCUUAUUGCUGGUUCGAAUACUAAACUAAUAAGAUCAUUGACACAUAAACCUAAACCAUGCUGUUUACCGAAACAACAUAGUUCACAAAUGAUUAUAUCAACUAGUAUGGUAUUACCAGAUAAUAAACUGCAUAGUUCAUACUCAACCUACAAUUUUUCGUACGAUUCGAAUCGUGGAUUGAUUGCACUGAAAGGUCAAGCAACUUCAAUACCAGAUGGGUAA